AUGGCUGAGGACCCCUUUAUAAACCAAUACCAGGUCACUGGGGAAGUCACACAACACUCGCGACCACAGAGAGACAGAGAAAAACACCUGCUCCAAACAGCCCAGUCUACCAUUGAAGAAUCUAUUCUCUCUCCUCCUUUUUUGCUCACUCGUUCAUUUACCUCCUGGGACAUGAUGUGGAAACCACUGGUAUUAGCUGUGUGUCUGUUAGUGGCUGGGGUGCAGGGGAUGGAGCGCCCCACGUAUGGAGUGAAGCUAUGUGGCCGGGAGUUCAUCCGGGCGGUCAUCUUCACCUGUGGAGGAUCUCGCUGGAGACGGUCACUCGGGAGUGCAGGAGACUUCCCUCAGGACCCUUUCAGCUCCCAUGACGAGGACUCGCCUGAAGGCUGGAACUCAGACUCCCAGGUCCCAGAGGGUCCCUUCCAGCAUGUCCAGGAGGGUGGGGUGUUCAUCAGCAGGCCAGCCCGCUCCCUCAUCUCAGAGGAGAUACUGGAGGCUCUCCGUAUGUCAGACCGUAAGGGCCGUGAUGUGGUGGUGGGCCUGUCCAACGCCUGCUGCAAGUGGGGCUGCAGCAAGGGAGACAUCAGCUCCCUUUGCUGAGAAUCCACCCCAUUCUCUCUCCUCCCAUGCACACACAUAGCCCUACACAUACCUGCUAUUUUCUCACAUCUCUCUCUCUCUCGGUUUUUCUAACUGCU